CACAAUUAACCAUACAAAUUGUUCAACACCAACCUAGAAAACUCAAGAAAAUUCAAGCAAAUCACAAAUUAUCCAUAAAUAACAUGAUUAAUUGAACGCUUCUUCCUCCUUGUCAAUUAAGCUUCUUCACUAUCCUCUCGAUAAUAUCAACUUCAUUCUAGACAAUUAGAAAGAAAAAAUUAGGCAUGCCUCCACAAACAUAAAGAAGAUUAGUUGUUUAGAAAAUUAAAUAUACUGGGAAAAUUGAUAAAAUAGGUGUGAGCGGGUACCCAUGGGACGGGUUUACCUUAACCCAACCCGGUGGAUAGUGAAUGGGUUUAAACCUAAAUCCGGCCCAAAACCCGUCAACCCUAGUUUUACACGCGUUGACCGGGUUGGGUCGGGUAGGGUACCCAUGGAUUCGGGGUUUGUUGCCAUCCCUACCUGAUGGGACAGUGUGUUCGAGUUGAUGAAUCCAAGACAGAAGCAACAAGAAGGUGAUCUCUCAACUGAAUUUGUUAUGAAGCAAGUGACUAAGUUUGAAUUUGGCCAAGACACGUGUUGUAGAAGCAAUGGCAUGGCGAAGACUUUGCCACCGGCGGCACAAAGCGUUCAUUUAACCACCAACGUCAUGCUACUUCACCAGAUGUUGGAGGAAAAUCGCAAGAUGAUGAUUGAGAAUUGUCAAUCCUUGGAGGAGAACCACCAAGUGAUGAAGGAAAACCGUCAAGUGAUAGUGGAUAACCUAAAUUUCAUGAAGGAUACCUAUGCGAGAAGUACCCAUAAGGUAAGUUCUCAAAUUGAGUCUCUCAAUUCUCGUCUAGAUAUGCGUUUUUGUCAACUUGUUGAGUUUCUUGAUAAAAAUAAAAUUGAUUUUAAUGAGUUGACACAACUGUUAACUAGUGGCCACAAUGGCCAACUAUGGCAAGAGAGCUUAUCAGCGCCAUUGACAAACCAACCACCACUUCAACGUGAGAGUUCUUGUGAGAGGUCUGCCGCCUCAUUCAACAUCCACGAGGGGGACUUGUCUGUACAAGAUGGUUUUCAAUCGUGCAUUAUAAGAAAAUUUAUGACACCUUUCAAUGACAUAGGUGGCGGAGAUUCAUUCGAAUUGGACCGAGUACCAACAUCUAUUCGCCCACCCCCAAUGCCACCCCUAGUGAGUAGGCAAGGAGCGGAUUCCAAUGGACUCAAACCACCUAGAGUCCAGAAAGGGGGCAUUAAGCUCUACCAUCCCACAAGAUUAAGCCGAGAUGUCCAUCUAGGGGGCAUGUGGUGUCUAAGAGGUCACAUCAAUCACAAGCAACACUUGCUUGUGCUAGGCAUACUAUUUUGGCUUAAGUCUGGAAAGUGGGCAUACCUCCAACCACUUGCAGUGGACAUGGGGGCAUACCUAAUAAGUCACGACAUGAGAAAGCCAUACAAAGUUAUUGUAAAUUUGAAAAUUUAGCUGAGUAUGGACAAGGCAUGUCCAAGAAGCCAUAUGAAGUGCAAGCCACACAUGUUUGUGAUAAGCAUACUAGUUUGUCUAAGUCUAGACAAGGGAGCAUGUCACUUCCCAUGAAGAAUGGAGUAGGGGGCAUGUUCAAUAAGAUACAACACGUCCAAGCCACCUAUUGUUUACGUAAAUCUAGGAGUAUGGCCAAGAGUGGACAAGGGGGCAAGUCCAUCUCUAUGAGUAGUGAGUACUUAUCACCAACUACAAAGAGUGGACAAGAGGGCAUGCCACCAAUCACAAACAGUGGAAAUGAGGGCAAGUACAACAAGGAAAGACGCGGGAAAGCCAAAAAGAGUUCUCGUAGUUUUGAUAAUUUAGCUAAGUAUGGACUAGAGGGCGUGUCACCCGCCAUGAAUAAUGGAGUAGGAUGCAUGUCUAAUAAGUCACAAAGAGUCCAAGCCACACAUGCUUGUGACAAGCAUGAAAUUUUGGCUAAGUACGGGCAAGGGGAAAAGUCCGUGUCCAUAAGUAAUAAGUACAUGCCAUCAACCAUGAAUGGUGAACAUGGGGGCAUGUAUAAGAAGUCACCAUACACACCAACCAAAUAGGGUCACACAAAGAAACAAGGACGGUUGUGUGUUAAGUGUAGGGGGCAACAAGGUUUAGAUGGUGAAAAAAAUAGUCAAGUGUGGCACAUGGGUGUAAGCUGACUUGGAAAGCCUAGGCAUGUUCUCCAAAAACAUGAGGAUAGUAGGCAUGCCGCAAUCAAGAGGCAACCAAGGCAGAGGAGAACUCAUGGUCGUCUAAGGCAUGAAGUGCCUGAAGAUGAGGACCAUAGGACUCCAUGCAAGGCCACCAAGGAGAGACAUGUCAACCAAGUACCACCCAUUCGUAAAAUAGAAGAUUCAAAAUUAAUGUAUGGAGAGUCAUGUCCAAUGGAGGAAAAUAGGCAUGUGGUCUAUGGAUGAGUUGCCUGCUUCAAUCCAUGGACUUGGCAGUGGGUGUACACCUUUGGCGCAUUAGUUGUUGCCUAAGGCAAUGGAGAGCACUGACUCUGUCACUCCUUGCCAUAUUAAUAAAUAAGUAUACAUAAUAAUAAUUAAAAUAAUCAUAAUAAUAGUAGUAGUAGCAGCAACAACAACAACAAACAAUGGUUAGAAAAAUAUAUCAAAAUUGAAAAUUUUGAGCAGAGUUUUUUAGAGUUCGAUGUGAAGAUCUUGUCACCAAGUCAUUAUGAUAGCUUGGCAUGCCGAGUUAUAUAUCAAAUCAUGAUAUGCUAUGGCAUGGCAUCUUGUUUCAACUACCCACAGGAAUGAGUGAUGGCCACAACAUGAAAGGUAUGGUGCCUUGGAGAUGAGUGAUGGCUAGUUAGAGUAUGAGGCUUUGAUAGCAUGCCAUGAGAAAUAGAUAUGUCAAAAAAAAAAAUCUUGAUGUGGACAAGUAGGACGUGGUUGGCAUAGCUAGCCACGCAAAGGAUUGGAAAAAAAAAAUCUAAGUUGAAACCCAUGACCCAAGACGAGAUGCGACUUGUUGCUUUGUCCUGGUGACUCAUUGUACGUGGCUAAGUAAUUUACUUAAGAAAAAAAAACAAGAGUUAACCAGCACAAGGACAAGACGGGACUGGGAGACAAGGAUCAAUUGGCCAUGGCGAUUCGGUCGAGUGGGCAAGCAAGGUCUUGCUAGCCUGAUGGAAUUUUGUUUAAAAAUAACCACGGGCCAUCUCAAUUUGCAAACGUGGCUUAUAUGCCAUCAAUUUCACUAACUCAAUAAAGGGAAGUUACGUAAAAAUGGUUGAGGGUUUGGGGGUUCUUAUGCCAUAUCACGAAGAUGGGUGGUAAGUCGGCGGUAAGCUCGUUGAAUUGGUUUGUACUUGUGGCGAAUAUGUGGUCAAGUUGUGAUCAACUAUUUAGUCCAUAAUUCUUAUGCAUUAAAUAGUUGGGGCAUUUAUUUACACCAUAAAAUUUGUCUUGUACCACAUUGGUAAGUUACAAGAUAAUCAAUGAGUUUAUAAGGC